GCAAUUGACAACAUGACGUUGGAACGAUUCGUGGUGGAAGCGGCUGGCUGCCUCAAGCCUUCCGCGGACUCUCUGACUGAUGCGAUGGACUUUCUAGACGACGACUACGACGAAGGUAUCGUGGAGGACACUACGGCGGCGCGUCUCCAUGACGACGACAGCGUCGAUACUGCCGCCGUAAAACCAAAGAAGGUGAACGCGUUUCGGAAGCGACAGCGCGAGGAACUGACGUACUUGCGGUCGAAAGUGCGUGAAAUGGAGACGGACCUCGAGCGGCUCCAAGACAAACACGCCAAGUUCGCGUCCGACUUGACGCCGUGGAAAAUCCUCGCGACGCAGCUCCGGGCCGAGAAAGACCGCGCCGUCCAAGACAACGCCGCAUGGCGCGCAGCGUUGCAGGACCAAAUCGAGUUUGGGAAUGCGUUGCAUGCGAUUCUGAAGAAACGACCGCGCCUGUCGAUGAUCCCGACCCUCGGUGACGCCCAAUGGAAGAUGCUCAACUUGCCAGCGAGCCCCGUCGCGCGGCGCGACACCGCAGCCACCAUCGUCGACCAGCAGUACCGCCUCUUGCCCAGCGUCCUUGUGAGCACGGGCCUCAUGCAGCAGACGACCAACGUCACGUCAUGCAUACCCAAAUCCUGGCACGACGAUCUCCUCGUCGUGGAAGCCGCCGCGUGUCGGUACUACGAAGGCAGCGACUUUCAGCUGUGGGCUCAAAUGUUUUGGAUGGUGCUCACCGGCGAACUUCACUUGGCUGCGGCGUCCCCUACUCUGGUACUCGAACGAUUUGGGGAGGAUAUGAUGUACAUGGACACGCCGUGCCGUAUCGUCGAUCUGGACGGCCAGUGCCGCGAUGUAGUCAAGCGAUACAUGGAGCCAGCACGGGAGAUCUUUAUCUUUCGGAGCAUCCUGCACGACGAGCACGUGCCGCUCACAAAGGAGUUUAUUGCAAACGAAAUGGCGAGGAUUGUCGUGGAACCAGUUGACGACUUGGGCGGGUGUUCAGUCAAGUACUUUAACAAGUGCACUCCCCCGACGCUCCAGCCGGGCGUGACCAGCCCCGACGUGGCCGUCGUCGAGAAAGUCAUCGACGGGCUCAUUCGGCACUCGUCCCACAUCCUGCGCCACUUCGAAGACGUGAUGAACGGCCUCAUCCCGCCGUCUGCCCCCACGGAAGCAUGAGUUUUCGCCCAACUCAAGACGUCGACACCAAUAAAUAAUGUGUGUGUGCAAUAGUGUUACUCGAAACACCAUAACACUGUGCAAUGCCACUCAAAAAC